AUGGCUUCUCCUGCAGCUGCAGCAGCUUCAACACCCAAUAUUAGUGCAUGCGUUAAACCCAAAUUAUGCUAUUCUUCUUCUUCUUCUUCCUCUUCCUCUUCAGCUCGUGAUUUGGGCUCUUUCUCUUUCCAUAGGCCCACCAUAAGGCCCAACAUAAACUGCUCUCUCCACUCCCCUUCUGUACUCCAUUUCCCAAAGCACACAUCAUCAAGCACUGGCGUUGCUACUGUUAAAACCACGCUCCCAAAAGAGAAGGAUGGCUUUUCUUCCUCUGUCUCACCGCAAUGGAACUUUUUGCAAAGCGCUGCUGCCAUGGCCUUGGAUGCCGUGGAGACCGCGUUGGUAGCACGCGAGACCCAGCACCCUCUUCCCAAGACCGCAGACCCCAGAGUGCAAAUCGCCGGUAAUUUUGCUCCGGUACCUGAGCAGCCCGUCCAUCACUCUCUCCCGGUGGAUGGUCGAAUCCCAGACUGCAUUCAAGGCGUAUACACUCGGAACGGCGCCAAUCCCCUCCACAAGCCUGUCGCCGGCCACCAUCUCUUCGACGGAGACGGCAUGGUUCACGCUGUCCAAUUCAAAGACGGCGAUGCUAGCUACGCCUGCCGCUUCACCGAGACGCAGCGUCUGAUCCAAGAGCGAGAUUUCGGCCGGCCGGUGUUCCCCAAGGCCAUCGGCGAGCUCCACGGCCACUCCGGCAUCGCUCGCCUCCUCCUCUUCUACGCUCGCGGACUCUUCGGUCUGGUCGACCACAGUCACGGCACCGGCGUUGCCAACGCUGGGCUCGUCUAUUUCAACCGUAGACUCCUCGCCAUGUCGGAGGACGACUUGCCGUACCAAAUCCGCGUGACCCCUUCCGGAGACCUGGAGACGGUGGGUCGCUACGACUUCGAGGGUCAGCUCCGUUCCACAAUGAUCGCUCACCCCAAAGUUGAUCCAGUGUCUGGAGAGAUGUUCGCUCUGAGCUAUGAUGUGGUCCAGAAGCCAUACCUCAAGUACUUCCGCUUCUCCCCAAAGGGUGACAAAUCCCCAGACGUGGAGAUUCCACUGGCAGAGCCCACCAUGAUGCACGACUUCGCAAUUACGGAGAGGUUCGUAGUGGUUCCAGAUCAGCAGGUUGUGUUCAAGCUGCAAGAGAUGAUCAGCGGUGGCUCUCCUGUGGUCUACGAGAAGAACAAGAUGUCGCGGUUCGGGGUGCUGGACAAGAAUGCUACUGACGCUUCUGGUAUGCGAUGGAUAGAGGCCCCUGAUUGCUUCUGCUUCCAUCUCUGGAACGCUUGGGAAGAGCCGGAGACCGAUGAAGUCGUGGUGAUUGGCUCCUGCAUGACUCCACCCGACUCCAUUUUCAACGAAUGCGACGAAGGCCUCAAGAGCGUCCUCUCCGAAAUCAGACUUAAUCUGAAGACCGGAAAGUCCACACGCCGCCCUAUACUUCCGGAAUCGGAGCAAGUGAACUUGGAAGCCGGGAUGGUGAACCGGAACCGCCUGGGAAGAAAAACCCAGUUCGCCUAUCUGGCCGUGGCUGAGCCAUGGCCCAAGGUGUCUGGUUUCGCCAAGGUUGACCUCUCAACUGGGCAAGUCAGCAAGUACAUAUAUGGAGAGCAGAGGUAUGGUGGUGAGCCUCUGUUCCUUCCAAGAGACCCCAACUCUGGCAGGGAAGAUGAUGGGUACAUCCUGGCUUUUGUGCACGACGAGAAGACAUGGAAAUCAGAGCUGCAGAUAGUGAACGCCACGAAUUUACAGCUAGAAGCUUCUGUGAAACUUCCCUCACGAGUUCCCUAUGGAUUCCACGGCACCUUCAUAAGCUCCAAGGAAUUAGAGAAGCAAGCUUGA